AUGAUCACAUUAAGGAAGCUCUGAUUGUGGUAACACGGGAACGGGAUUUGGCAUUACUGGAAAGGGACCUGUUCCAAGACAAGCUGGAGAACAUAGAGCAGGUUCUGAAGCAUAUGCGUGAAGCUGCUGGGCGUCGCCAACAGUUGGAGUUGGAGCAUGUGGAGGCUCUCGCUGUUCUCAAGAGCAAGCAGCAAGAGAUUGAGCUUCUUCGGAGGGCUCAGGUUGAAGCUAAGAAGGAACAUGAAGGUGCUGUAUUACUGCUAGAGGCCAAGGUGCGAGAGUUAGAGGAGAAAUGUCGAAAUCAGAGCGAACAGUUCAGUCUGCUCUCCAGGGAGUUGGAGACAUUUCGUCAGAGCGCUGGUAACAUUGACCUGCUGAGCUGCCCAGCCUCACAGAGGGAGAGAGCCAGCAAGACGCAGCCUCCACUGAUGAAUGGACUAGCUACACUGCUUCCUAAAGGCAAUGAAAGUCCUACUGGGAGCAGAUCGGUGAUCUCGGAAUAUAUCCAACCCCUUCAGUCAUCCGGUGGGAAGUCAGAGCUCCUGUCUGCCAAGCCAACGUUCCCACCUAGAUCUACUCCAGGCAGCCCAAGGCAGCAACAGCUCUCUGAGAUGGAUGUUGAAGCAGACAGUUCUAAUCCCAAAAUGAGGUACACAGGGAAGGUGCGCCUGUGUGUUGCUCGGUACAGUUACAACCCGUAUGAGGGACCCAAUGAGAAUCCAGAAGCAGAACUUCCCCUUAAAGCUGGGAAAUACCUGUACGUUUACGGGGACAUGGAUGAAGAUGGUUUUUAUGAAGGUGAAUUGAUGAAUGGACAAAGAGGACUGGUCCCCUCGAACUUUGUUGCUCUGUUACAGGACGAGGAGUUGUUCCUGCUCCAUUCUGUGGACAAGGAAAUGGACAAUAAUUUGCUGAACUCUGACCUGGGCCUCCAUCUCCAAAGUGACAGUGUGCUUCAGGACAACAAGUCAGAGAGUGUGCUCCCCAGUCAAACAGAGACCACGUUGUACAAGAAUGGCACAGGAACACUGGACAUAAACAUUGAUGAAGUUGGUGAAGAUAUUGUGCCUUACCCCAGGAGAAUUAACCUGAUUAAACAGCUCGCCAAAAGUGCGAUCAUAGGAUGGGAUCCUGCAGCGGUCCCUCCCGGAUGGGGGGCUGUGAGCAGCUACAAUGUUCUCGUCGAUAAGGAAGUGAGAAGUAAUGUCCUCUCGGGAGGGAGAACGAAGGCCCUGAUCGAGAAACUCAACCUGGCCAACGUCACCUACCGUAUCUCGGUCCAGAGCGUGACCGAGCGCGGUGUCUCUGAUGAGCUGAGGUGCACCAUGUUGGUCGGGAAAGAUGUAUGUGUAGCCCCUUCUCACCUGAAAGUGGAGAACAUCACACAGACAUCGGCCGAGGUCUCCUGGUUGCCCAGCAACAGCAACUACAGUCAUGUGAUCUUCCUCAAUGAGGAAGAGUAUGAUGUGGUGAAGGCUGGGAGUUACAAGUACCAGUUCUUUAAUUUGAAACCAUGUAUGGUCUGUAAGAUCAAGGUCAUGGCUCGGCCUCACCAGGUACCAUGGCAACUGCCCCUGGAGCAGCGGGAGAAGAAGCAGAGCCUGGUGGAGUUCUGUACACUGCCUGCAGGUCCCCCAGCACCCCCUCAGGAUGUCACAGUCCAGGUCGGAUCAACCCCAGGAACCAUUCAGAUCAGCUGGAAGCCGCCAUUGCUGAGUUUAUCAGGAACGUCAAAUGGAGCCAAGGUCACUGGCUACAGUGUUUGUGCUAAAGGUCAAAAGGUCGCAGAAGUGAUGCUAGCCACAGCCAAUGGUGUGACUGUUGACUAUUUGCGAAUACAGAACCUGGAAACACGAGAGAUUAUUGUACGGACUAUAUCUGCCCAGGGCGAGUCUGAGGACUCGUUCGCUGCUGCUAUUCCAGCCGAACUCCUGGUGCCUCCAACACCCCCGCUCCGUGCUGCUCCCAGAACCAAGCCAUUAACAAGUGCCAGAGCUCCCAAUACCAAAGACCAAGUGAUAGGCCCAGGCCUGAGAAGGGAUGAACCUUGGGAGCAAACGCAUUCUCCGUCUCCUCUCCACGGCAGCUCUCUGGAGCCUUCACUACUGAACCAUCAGGGCCGGCCUGCCAACAGGACUGGCAGAUCUCCCUCACCACAGAGAAUCCUACCACAGCCCCAGGGAGCGCCCAUCCCCAACAUCAUCGCUAAAACCAUAGCCCACAAAGCAGCCCAGCAAGCAGUGGAUAUGAACAGGGCUGAGAAACGCAGUCUGUUCAGCGAGAGAAGCCAAUCUUUACACCAAGAAAAUUCCGACGAUGAAGAUGAUGUUUACGAUGGACAAAUCCUCAAAAGGCCCGGUGGUUCAGUAGAUGAUUUCCUGAGAGGCUCGGAGCUGGGCAGACAGCAACAUUUUGGCCAUCAAGACGAUUACCAGACAGAGAGCAGCCGGGGUUCAGAUUUAUCAGAUAUCCUGGAGGAAGAUGAAGAGGAGCUUUAUUCCGAAAUGCAGCAUGAGGAGGGGGGUAGGAGGAGGCACAGUGCAACUUCACAUAAUGCCCUGAAGAUCUCCAAUCAGAAUAAAAGAGUUGGAGAAGCUCAGAAGGAGAGCCUUGACAUUUCAUCACAGAAACUUCAUUUUAAAAAACUUUUCAGUAUUCCCGAGCUAGCCGAGGAAGGUGGAGAAAAUGCAGAGACACAGCCUCCCAAACCUGUAGAAGGAAAACCCAACUCGGCUGCUAGACAGAAGGUAGAGGUGCAAUCAAAGAUGGAGAAAGAAUUGCAGAGGUGUAGACCGUGCAAGCCCUGUGUGCAAGACUACAGACAGCCCUUAACAUCAAAGAGACCUUCUGAGGAGCAGAGCUCAUCUCCAAAGGCUACACCCAAUGUGGAUGAUUACUUGUGGGAAGAUAGGGUUAGCAGACUAAGUAGAGAGGCCACAAGGAGCGCAGUCAGUGCAUUAGACUGUGCAAGUGGGGAAGCAGUUUCACAAACCUCAACUAACACGACUAAGCGACAGAGCUGUGUAACCCUGAGGCUUCCGACAACAGGACAGGACGAAGAUUCGGGAUUUGCUGGCUGCCUGGACUCGUGUACCCCUGUGCAGACAAGGGCCCGCAAAAGACCCUUACAGAGGCAAGUUAGCAUUGAAGAGGACUUCUUCAGUGCAGAAGCUUCAGGCAGCUGGUCCUUGUCAGCCUCAGAUGUUGCGAGUAGGGAUACACGAAGGUUCAGAGCUGAGAAGAAUGUGACAGAGAACAAUAAUGGAAGGGACAUGGUCUGCACAGAAGAGAAGCAGGUUGCCUGGACAACUAAAUUAAAAACAAGUAACUCUAGUGUGCCAGAUGCAGUUACAAUAUGUGUCCAAAGGGACACGGAGAGAUUACUGAUUUUAGGCAAUCCAGCAGGAUCUGGGCACAAGUUGGACAGAAUGGAUCAUCAGGGCCGAAGGGCAUCUCAUGGUGGUGCCCAGAGAGGAAGGCCCAUGACUGUGCCAUCAAUUGAAAUCACCGUGGACAGUAACAGCGAAGGAGGUCAUUCCCGUUCAGGAAGUGAAGGGAAUAUCUCUCCGGCGAGAGAUGAUGUUUAUUAUCGUAAUGUUGCCGGUCGAAGAAAAUGGCCAGCUCAGCGCAGCAUGGCGUCUGAGAGCCGAUAUGGCAGGCCCUGUGCUCGUGAGCGUCUCUCUCCAGAGUCUGAGGGCGAGGUCUGCAGUGAGGACGCCCUGCCCAGGAUUUUCGUCGCUCUUUUUGAUUAUGAUCCUUUAUCGAUGUCACCUAAUCCUGAUGCUGCUGAAGAAGAGCUGCCUUUCAAAGAGGGACAAAUAAUUAAGGUCCAUGGAUCAAAGGAUGUGGACGGGUUCUACCACGGGGAGAGUAAUGGCAGAGUGGGCCUGAUUCCCUGUAACAUGGUCUCGGAGAUCCAGGCUGAUGAUGAGGCGAUGAUGGAUGAGCUGGUGAAGCGGGGUUACCUUCCUCUCAACACUCCGGUGGAGAAAAUUGUGAAUUCUGAGCGUGACAAAGAGACCACACGCUCUGUUAACUGCAGAUCCCGCAAGUCUAAACGAGAGAGGAACAGGAGGAGUGGCCAGCAGCAUUCAGUGACCACUCGGAGAAUGGUGGCCUUGUAUGACUAUGAUCCGAGAGAGAGCUCACCUAAUGUCGAUGUGGAGGCUGAAUUAACGUUUUGUGCCGGGGACAUCAUCAGCGUCUGGGGAGAACUGGAUGAAGAUGGAUUUUAUUAUGGGGAGAUCAAUGGCCAGAGAGGUCUUGUCCCUUCAAACUUCCUGGAAGAAGUGCCCAAUGAUGUUGAGGUCUAUCUCUCUGAGGCUCCCUCCAGAUACCCUCAAGACCCACCAGCCCACCUGAAAGGGAAAAGGGUGGAUGGGACUGUCUAAUAGACAGAAGUCAACUAGAACAUAGUCCACAGGACAGCAACACUGAAAUAUCUUCUGAUCUGCUGUGCCUCUGCAAAACAUGAAGGAACUGCCUUUUUUUUUGGUUUUUAUUAAAUUAAAAAUCGGGUCUGCAUCGAGGAUUUCUUCAUCCCCUCUGGAAGGUGCUAUUUUUUUUAAAAAAGGCAGUUUUUUAAAAUAUAUAUUUUUGUUACAAAUUUCUCCAGCAACCUUCAAGCCCAAUUGUUUUCAAUUCAACUGGAGCAAUGGAUCAUCACAAUCUAACGUUCGAAGGCCAGUCAGUAACAGGGGCUAGACCCUGCUCAUCUUGUCCACACGGAAGAUGCUGCAAACCUGCUGCCUGGAGGAUUUAAGUGUGGGUAACUGCUGUGCGAUUGUGUUCUUUGACUAAUGCCUUAAAAGGAGGACACCUUUUGGAAGUAGUGAGAGAUUUAACAGUCGGACAAAUUACAAAGUAGCUUAGAGAAGGAAUAACCCCCAGUUUAAAUAAUUGCUCUUCCCUGACCCAGCAUCGUUCUUUCAAGCAAGGACAAAAAUAUCCAGCACACAGCAACAGCUACCUUUUCACCUGCUCAGACAAGUGAUGGAACUUCACAUUACAUUACCUGUAUCUUCAAACAAUGAAAAAUUUUAAAAAUCUGACUUUGGCACCUCAAUGAUUUUGCUCACAGCAUGAAGCUACUCUGUACUAAUUUAAGGAGACCUUUGGCUAAGGCAGGUGCUAUCAUCCCCAUUUUAAAAGCUUGGUAUCUCUUGUAGAUUAAAAUGCUCUUUAAAGACAAAACUUAAAACAACAGCACCUCACCCACCCUCCCAACGAUCCCUAAACUAAAUAAGGACCAGAUUGGAGAUUGUGGAGUGAGGAGAUGCUUCAACUGGAUAACCCUUUCAAAGAGUCUUCACAAUAAUAAGGACUGAAUGGCCUCUUCAUAACAGCAUUGACACCAAUAAUCCUCUCAGCCAAAACACAACACAAGGCAUUCUGCAUACAAAAGAUUGUGCGCACUGGAGACAAGAUUUACCAGGAUGCUGCCCCGAGGAAGGAUUGGGGUUUUCUGCUUGAAGCAGUGGAGGUUGAGAGGAGCCCCAAUAGAGGAGUACAAGAUUGAGGCGCAUGGAAAGGAAGGCACAUUCCUGUUAGUACAGGGGUCAAUAAUCAGGUGCCACAGAUUUAAGGUCCUGGGGAGAAGGCUCAGAGGAGAGUUGAAAGAAUUGCUUUCACCCAAAAGGGUAGUGUGUGUCUGGAACUCACUGCCUGACAGGAUGGUUGAGUCAGAAAUUCUUGUAAUGUUUAAACAAUAUUUAGAUAUUCACUUGAAUUUCCAUAGCCCUCAGGAUGCAUGGGGUCAGGUCCUUGUUGAUGCAAGCAGGGUCAUAAUGGGAUGGAUUACCUCCUCUGUGCUGUAAACAUCCAACACACCCAAUUCUGAUCCAAACCCAACAGAGCUUUCUCACAACUUACCUUAUAUUCAGGCACAUUAAGUCUGAAGAGUUUCCUUGAGUGAUUCCAUUGGCUAUCAAUUCGUUUCCAAAAACUCCACUGUAUGCUAAAUUAUUUUAAUGUUAAAGAGAGGAGGAUGAGCAGAACAGAAGAAUGCAACACCAAGCAGAAACUCUGAACCUGGACAGCAUUUCCAAAUACCUCUCACUGCAAUGGUAUUUGAAGUCUGUCCGCAUCAAGGAUAGCAAACAUGGCAAUACCCUUUUAGCAAUUUUAUAAAAGGUAAAAUAAAACCAUGUUAUUGCUGUAAAUGUUGUAAAUUAGGAAAAUUAGUCUCAAUACCACAAAACUAACUUUGCAAUUUGCUUUUGGAAUAAAAAAUAUUCCAUAAGAAAUAUUAUUGAAAAUUUACAGUCAGUUCCUGGAUUGAAAGAUGUUCAUUAAGUAGUGUUAAAGAGAGAAAGAAAAUAAAAGAACUGCAGAUACUGUAAAUCAGGAAAAAACAGAAGUUGCUGGUAAAGUUCAGCAGGUCUGGCAGCAUCUGUGAAAAAGAAUAAAAGAAAUCAGGGUCUGAGGAAGGGACACCGGACAAGAAACAUUAACUCUGACCUUUUUCCUUCACAGAUGCUGCCAGACCUGCUGAGCUUUUCCAGAAACUUGUGUUUUUGUAGUAGAGAGAAUGUGCUUUCUACACUGAGCCCAUUCUUCAAAGUGCCAUUCCGGAAAGUUCCAGUUGUCAUGGAUGCGAAUUUAACUUUGCGUCAGGACAGGCUGUUUGUAGCAGGACUGCCCCUGAGCUGGUCACUACUGAACAUCAGAACGAUGCAAAAGCAACUAACUAUCCAGAGAACAGAUCUAUUAACUUGUGUUGGUAACAAAAUCCCCUGCAAUAAGGAGGGGGGGGGGGCGGUCAGGAGAAUAUGGUCUGACAAUAUCAGGAGUCACUAGGCUAGAGGUGAGUCUGAACAGAUUACCCCAUUCACAGGAUGUUCCUCUCUUUUGCAUUUGAGAGAGAGACAGAGAGAGACUCUCGUUUUAUCGUGAUGAACAAGCCAGCUGUGGCAUGGAGAAAUACAUCCAGUCAGAAGAAGAAUCUUUCACAAACCAGAGUAGAUUGCAACAAAUUCCAUCUGCCAACUUGAAGGUCACUGACUCUGAAUGGUGACAAGACAGUAUCUCCCAGAAACAAUAAUUACAUUUGCAUUUGCAUUUAUUUUUAGAUGAUUAUAGAAUCCCUAGUGUGUGGAAGCAAGCUAUUUGGCCCAUUGAGUCCAUAUCCUCUGAAGAGCAUCUCACUCCCCUACCCUAUCCCUGUAACCCCACAUUACCCACACCGAACCCACAUAUCUCAGAACAGCCAAUCCACCCUAACCUGCACAUCUUUGCACUGUGGUUGGAAACCAGAGCACCCAGAGGAAUCCCAUGCAGACAUAAGGGAGAAUGUGCAAACGCCACACAGUCACCCCAGAGUCAAACACAACCCAAGCCCCUGGCACCAAGUGGGAGCAGUACUAACCACUGUGCCACCCUGGCAGCUUUCAAAAUAGCUCAGUGCACUUUACACACAAAUUCUGUCAAAUAUAUUUUCACUUAUGAAAGGUAAGCAGAACAGCCAACAGACAUGCAGUAACUUCCUCAAGCAGCAAGGUAAAUGGUCCGCUGAAUAGUUGGAAUGGGACUGGUUGAAGGUUACAAGGGCCCAGCUCAUUGGAAGAACUCUCCUAUCCCGUGUAAUGCAACAGACCCAAAACAGGAAGAUUCCACCUUGAAAGGCAACACCCAUACUGACCCGGCAGUGCUACAUGGAGACUAACCUGGACUCCACUAACUCACUAGCAGCUCCCAUGUUGCAACUAGAGAUUUGUUGGAAAUUACCUCCUUAAACAGCACAAAUAUACACAAUCAAUCUUCAAACCACUUCACAUCGAGCACUGCUCCAACAUCCUUGACAACACAAUGCUACAGAAGCUGGAUAUCCUCAAGAAUGCUUGUCUGGCCUGUCCUGUGGAUUUGGGAUUAACUGACAGUUAAUUUUUCAUACAUGAGAGGUUGCUGAAAAUAAUUAACCUUUACCAGAUAUAUUAGAGGCAUCUCCAAUCUAGAUUGUGGGAGAAGUCGUCAGUAGUUACAAAACUCUCACUUUGGACUGGAUACGACAUUCAAUUGGUUCAGAACAUUAAAACUUAUCCAAGUAUCACUUAAAUUCGGUAGAUACCUCUGACAUUCAACGGCAGCCAGUACUGUUAGACCGAAUAAGCAUCUUUCAUAGGAAUCAGUCCUCCCAAUCAAUGGCAUCUCAACAGCAGAAACUACAGAAGAGUCUUCUGCAAAAGGACUGAUUUCUGAACAGACAUGGAAUCCAGUUCAGUUGGAUUGGUAUCACAGACUGGCAGGUAAAGCAGUAAAUGAGCAAUGGGAAGUUUUCGAUCAUUUGGAUAAAGUUUAAACAAAGUCCACAGGUUGUAUAAUCAAGGGCAUACAAAGCUCAAGAGGUUAAAAAUAAACAGAAAACAAGAGUAAAUAUCAGAUUCACAGAAAAAAAAUGAAAUUUUUUUUAAAAAAGAGAAACAAGGGUAUAAGAGAGAUUAUAAAAUGUGAGGCUGGAUGAACACAGCAGGCCAAGCAGCAUCUCAGGAGCACAAAAGCUGACGUUUUGGGCCUAGACCCUUCAGCAGAGAGAUUUACUGCUUUCAAGUCAGAAGUAUGAUCUAAGGGUCCAAAAAAGGAGAGGACUCUGUGACAGUAAAUCAAUGCACACUGCAAACAUCUUCACAGAAAUUCUGCAGAAUAUAGGAGCAGCAGUGAGGAAGCUGGAUAAAAAUUACUGCUGCUGUUCACAGUAAAGUCUUGUUCUGACUGCGCUACAUCGCCUUGGUUACUGAGGAAAGCAGGAACAGGGAUUGCAAGGACCACGGUCACAGUCAUUGAGUUUCCCUCGGCCAAGGCAAAGUGCCAGAGCUCGGGAGGAUUUCCAACACUGAACCCUGCUCAGAAACUGGGGGAGGAUAAACCCAAAAAGUACACAUCAGCUCAAUUUCAUUGGGUGGGGAGGCUUUUAUUUUUAAAGAAGGAGUCAACAACCCAGGUCAACUUGUGGAACAUCACGGGUGAAAAUAAGUCAACACAUUUGUGGGAGGCAACGGUGUCUGAAGAACCUAAUUAAAAUCUUCGAUAAAAUAUGGAGAGGACAAAGUCACUUGGUAAAUUAUCACAUUAAACCUGUCAACAGAAACUGAAGCUCCAUGGAAACAAGACCAUCUCAGGGACUGAAACUGCAAUGAAGAAUAGUUGCUUUACAAACUGGUGAGAUACACACACAGCAACAAAUCUCUAAAUGCAGAAUGUGGUGCUCUUUAGGCAUUAAUUUAUAAUCUAAUCUUGGAUAUUCAAGUCAUCAUUUCAAAGUUUGAGGGCAUCACAAAAUUAAUGUGUGUUAACGGUAAACACAAUGGUGGUGAGACUUCAGGAAAAAACAAACGAACCUGAAGAUGGGCAUGUAGCACGCUCAAUUGAUUCAUCCUUUAUUUUGGAACACAAACUAAAUAGCACAGCAGAUAUAGCAGUGUGUCACAUGCACACAUCUUUAUAAAGUGCCAGAACAAAUUCAGGUGGUGAAAUAUCCACAGGCAGUGUGCUCUUACAAGUUACAUUAAUUUAAAGUCAUUGUCUUUUGUUCUUUUAUCAAUGUACAUUAUUUUUAGUAAGAGUGAUCACCUUGAAUGCACGUGCGUGCUAGAAACAAAUUCACUCACUUUCCAAAGGGAAUAAAGAUGAUCAGGGCUAGUUGAAGGGGAAAACAGCAGCAUUGGGAAUAUUAGGUCGCAUUAUCAAGGAUUGACAAAGGCAGAAUGAACAAAAUGACCACCUGUUGUGUUGUACCAUUUGGUUAUAUAUUCUGUAAGCAAGAAUAGUUAGUGUACUUUCUGUGCACGUCAUGUUUUAUCUUUCUAAUAGCAGAAAGAAUAAUCACAAUGAGAAAACUAAUGGAUCAGAUUAAAUCUCUGCAGUCGUGUCACAUCCAGACAGAGUGAAAAGUUCAACUGAUGAGAGAAGGCAGUUCUUGGAACAUCCUCAUCUUUAAUGAUCGUGCAGCCAAGCACAUCAGUGCAAAAGAAAAAGCAGAAACAUUUACGCCCUCCUGCAGCCAACCUGUCAAAAGGAUGAGUCAUCUCUGCGCAGAAGGUCCCCAUCAUCUGACAUGCUAGACCUCAAUUAAUUGACUUUAGAAUCACAAAAUGAACUAAACAGUGUAGGCUGCAGGCUCUGACAACAUCUCAGCUGUAGCACCUAGGUAACUAGGUGCCCCUCCAGCCAAGAUGGUUCAGUACAGCUACAAAACUAUAUCCACUUGCAAAAUUUAAAUCAUUUGUGCAACUCCCUCCUGAUAGCUCACUAUUAGGGAAAAUGCUUAGGCCCUAAACCAUUUCAUUUAUCAGUUUUCCUUAAGAAAGCAGCCAUUUCAGCUCCAGGAGAUCCUCAGGGCAGUGUCUCAAGUCCAACCAACUUUGGGGAGUGUUUGCGGGGCACAGGGGUGUGGUUGGUAAUGCUGCUUCAGUAACUACCUUCCCUGCGUUCCAAAUAGGUCACAAUUGAGGACAUUCAUUGGUGACUGCAUGUUUCCUUUUCAGUCCUUAGAUAACGAGCAAGUGCGCAUCAACAAGCAGCAAAAUGGGAUUCACAUUGAUAAAUUCUGAGUGACAGCCUUACUAAACAACCAAAAGAUCAUCUUCGUAAAAGGCCUAACUUCAUCCCUUUGACAUUCAUACACCAAAUCCAUGUUAAAAUUCUGGGGUUCGGGGGGAUUGUGGAGAAAAAGAGAGACAGAAAGAGAGAGAGAGACACACACACACA